AGCACAGAUCGUCGUGAUCGUGCUGCGAUCGCACUGUGUGGACUCAACGUUGCGCCCUAACCGCGCGCGCGAGCUGCAAAAAUUUCUUCAGUUCAUUUUCAGCUCCCACCGCGGACGGUUGAACCUUCAAUUCAUGGUACACGCGUGUGAAGUUUUAUUUUAAUGCUCAUUCAAAGCAUUUCUUGUACAUAUUAGGCAAACACACGAAUUUGUGAUCUCGUGGUGAUCGUUGAAGAUCUUGAGGAAUAAAAGAAAGAGUGAUCGUGAGAAAAAAAAGUAGUGAAAAAGUGUUUUAAGGAAGUCAGUUAACAAAUAAAUUUCAAAGAUUUUUUAUGGUGAUCUUCGGGUGAUCUAUAUGCUGCCAACAAUUAAUUUCUUAUGUUUAGGAAUAUUAUGAUUCGUCGGAGAAGCAAACAAAAUUUUGCGAAAAUUCAUGAAGAAUCUGUAAAUUUGCGUAGUCAGAAGUACACCUGAACAUCACAAAGAAUUCAACUACAAAAAAAUCAGCAAAAAAGAUGUUCAGAAACAUUGAAUUUCAAGAGAUUGUCUACACAAUAAAGGAAAGGUGGCAAUUCGGAAAACCAAGACAAAAACGAUGUCUCCUGAAGGGGGUUUCAGGGGUCUUCCCACAGGGACAAUUGACGGGUAUAAUGGGACCAUCAGGAGCUGGAAAGAGUAGCUUACUGAAUGCAAUAUCUGGAUUUAGAACGGAUGGCGUUAAGGGGGCAAUCAAGGUGAAUCGCAAGGAGUCGUGCUACAUCACUCAAGACGACCUCCAUCAGCCACUGCUGACCGUGGAGGAGAUAAUGAGUGUCGCGUGUGAGCUGAAGAUAAAGAAUCCCGUGAAUAAGCGCGCCCUCAUUGACGACAUACUCAACAGCUUGAACUUGAGCUCGAGGCGCGGGAAUACGGCAAAGCAACUGAGUGGCGGCGAAAAGCGCCGGCUGUCCAUUGCCCUGGAAUUGGUUGCCAAUCCCUCAGUGUUGUUCAUGGAUGAACCAACGAGUGGUCUGGAUGAGGUCACAGCAGCGCAAUGCGUACGACUCCUGAGGGAUAUAACGAAGCAAGGGAGGACCAUUGUUUGUACCAUUCAUCAGCCCUCUGGCGUCGUUCUGGGACUCUUUGAUCAGAUCUACGUCCUGGCAAAGGGACAAUGCGUCUUUCAGGGCUCCCCACAGACUAUUGUUCCCUUUAUGGCUGCCAAUGGGUACGAAUGCCCAAAACACUACAAUCCAUCGGAUUACAUCAUUGAACUCUGUGAUGCUGAUGAUGAGGUCAUUGAGAAUCUUUCUGAUGCCAUUGGCAAUGGGAAAUCCGUCGUUUCCCCCGCCGUUGUGGAUGCCGCCGCGGCGCCCGGAAGGGGUUUCACCAUUAAAACAGCCGUAAUGUCAAUGAUGCUGGACACGACGGCGCCAAAGCGUUCGUCCAUCUUGGAGAAGAUGAAAGCCCUCAAGCGCUUCAUGCAGAGCGACUAUGCCCAUUCGAGCUUUCGCCAAUUCCUCGUCCUCACGCGCAUGAUGCAGACGAAAAUCUUCCGGAAUCGCAUUGCUCUGGGCAUACAGCUCUUCCAUCAUCUCAUCUGUGGCUCCAUGUUGGGGUUGAUCUUCUUCAAUUCCGCCAAUGAUGGGGAACGGAUGUUUGAUCAUCUCAAAUUUAGUAUUGCCAUCGUCUUCUUCCUCUCCUACACGCAAAUUAUCAUUCCAGUUCUCAGCUAUCCCCUGGAGGUGAAGCUGGUGAAGAAGGAAUGCUUCAACCGAUGGUAUGGCCUCACACCGUACUACCUGGCGCUCACCUUCUCACGCAUUCCCCUCCAAAUCUUCUUCAACAUUCUCUUCCUGUCGCUCGUCUACUGGCUCCCCGGGCUCCCAAUGCAGCUCUGGCGCUUCGGGCUCUUCUCCUUUGUGGGUGUGAUUAUCUCACUCGUGGCUGAGGGCUUGGGACUCACGAUAGGAUCAACUUUUAGCAUUACCAAUGGCUGCGCAACAGGCCCCAUGAUCUUGGCCCCAAUGCUGGGUCUGGCCAUCUAUGGGUUUGACUUUGCCGCUGAGAUUCCGCUGCAAAUGUACGCCCUGAUGAAGCUCUCCUUCCUCCGGAUUGGCGUCGUGUCCAUCGUCCUCAUCACGUUCGGCUAUGGGCGUGAGCAACUCGACUGUGACUACAUCUACUGCCACUUUGACGAUCCCAAAGUCCUCCUGCGGUACCUCCGGAUCGAGGAGGUGUCGCUGUGGCACGAGCUCAUCUUCCUCUUUGCCCUCAUGAUUGUCUUUCGGGUUCUUUUGUACUUUAGCCUCCGGAAGAGGCUCAAGUAGCUCAAUUUCUUCUUCCUGGAAGCCCCCUCAAAGUGAUAUGUAAUUUAAACAAUUUUUGUUGUUUUAGAGAGACCUCUUUUUUUAUUUUAAGACUUUUUUUUUAUACAAAUUUAGGAUUUUUAGUUUGGUGGCAUAGAGAAGAUUUUUGUAACAAUAAGAAGAAUAAAAAAGACAAAAAAUGGGA